AUGUCUGUGCUGGUGUUCUCAAUCGGCGUCCUAGAAGCUUUGGCUUGUGUAGAACAUGUUCGCCAGAGUUACCUACCGCUCGACCUGGGCAGAAAGCGCCGUCGGCUUGUCCUGGAUGUGGGUUCUGGAACGAUCAGGCACCGAGAGACAAGGCGAUCCAGUGAAUUCCAGAGAGACCCUCACGUGUUCCUCAGGUCUAUUCAAGCCGCAGUUGAAGAAGAGGGCGAUGAGAAGGAAUCCGAAGAACUGGCGGCGAUCUUCCAGGCUGUCGAAGCUCGCAACAUUCACUCGACACAGAUCAUGAAUCAUCAGGACCCCGUAUUCCUGUCAGUUAAUGACAUAGAUGAGAGCGACAGCUGUGCCAGUUCUGAAAUAAGUCGUACGAGUACUCCUAACACCGUAAUAAUGAACAUGAGUCCAGGACUUGAUAGAGGAUCAGUUGUAGAAUCUCCUUACAUUCCUUCUGACAGUUUUAGUGAGUUAUUGGGGCCGGAAAUCGAUGAGGUAUUUUCGAAUCAAAAAGACAUAGGUAUAACAAAAGUAGAUAUAGAAAAAUUUAUUUGUAUUCGCGAGCCAGAUAAACAAUUCGAAUCCAUUGACAGUAAUAGUCCAAAUAUCGGUGAAGUAUUGCAGUCAUCCAAUACACAAAUUGUAUCUAAAAAUUCAACUGUUUACACAAUUACUAAUGAAUUAUUGGAAACCAAAAAAACUGAAAUUAAUAAGGGCAAAAGCAUUGAUUCAACUACAGAUUUGCUAGAUACAGACAUCAUUUCUAUACCUUUCGCAGAAAGCGGUAUUGAAAAAUCAACAAAAGACUCUUUAUUCACUAAUUCAGUGUUAUGUGAUGGUCAUAACACUAAAAUUAUUAUGAAAAACAAUGAACUUACUUGUAAGAGUGACAAAAUAGGCUCUAAUUUUGAUCAUCCUGUAAUAAAAGACGGCGAAGAGAACACCAAUAACAACAUAAUAAUCAACAAUACUAUUAACUUCGAAUCGCAAACGGCAACGCUAAAACUUCCUGAUAACAACAAACUCUCCCUAUUACCCAACAAUACUUCCGUCCAUAAUAAUGACAUUGUAAUACAAGAAAAUGAUUUAGAAAUUAAUCAUAAAAUAAAUGAAAACUCUUUUAAUCUAAGUUCUAUUGCUGAGACAAAUAACAUAGAGACAAUAGAAAAAUGUGAAAUAUUGGUUGAGAGCCAAGCUCACAGUGGAAAGGAGCCAUUAAUAGAAAAUAAGGGCAAGGAUGAAAUAUGUGAAACACAAUUGGAACGGGUUAUUGAGUCAGAAAAACAAUCUAAAAACGAUGAGAUACAGAACGCACAAACAGUACUCACUAAUUCCAUUAAUAUUGUUCAUCAUACGAAUAAUUAUGAAUACGAUAGAAAGAAAAUCAAUGGUGCCGAUCAAUUGAAUUCAUUCAGCGAACAUGAAAAUUCUGCAAUUGUUCCGAAACAUGAAAAUGAGCCAAUUCAGGAAGUUUUGUUGCAAGCUCAGUUAAAUGAAUCUGAAAUGGUUUCGAUAAAAUUAGAUGAGAGUAAAGAUAAAAUUAUCGAAGAAGCCAUCGCAGGAACGAUAGAUAAUGAUGAAUCACGCCGCUGUAUUCCUGAUCAAUCAGCAACUAUAUCUAAUUCUGAUAAAAACAUCGCAAAGAGUACUAAUAAUGAUUUAGAUGUUUGUAAACUACAGGUAGCCCAUAAUGGGCAGUUUGAUGCCUCUGGACCGAUUCCUACAAAACCUGAUGUUAGUAAUGAAUUCAAUAAAACUAUUGAUCAUGGAAUGGUAAAGCAGGACAAGGAUAAAGAAACAAGUAGUUGCAUUAAAGUUCAAACUUGCAACAGUCUCGAUUCCAUGAAUGUUUGCAUUGAUAAUAACUCCAAUAUAGCGAAAGAAACAUUUUCUUCUGAUCCAGGUGAAAGGAAGACCAUACCGACAAAUGGCCAAGCUAAUGAGCUAAUUGAGGUUCCUCAUACUCUUGCGACUAUAGAACAUGUUUUGGUGUCCAAAGGCGACUCAAUAUUGGAUUCAUCUUGUCCUAAAGAUAAGGUGAUUAGUACUCAACAAGAACUUCUUUCUGAGGACAUAGUUCCAACUGACUCAAAGUCAAUCAUAGUCAAAAAUGAAGACAAAUAUCUGACAAAUGAUGUUUUUAGAGAAAACGUUGUUGAAGAACGGUCAGAAUCAAAUAAAGUUGAGAUAAAGGAAGCAAAUGUAAAUGCUCAUCAUAAACCUGAAUCAAUAAGAGAAGUUUCAAAAUCGGAGAAAAUAUUCGAUGAGGCUAAACAUUCUACAAAUAUAUCUAUAGAUACCACUAAUAUUAAAGAAGAAGUUUAUUCAGAAAAAGCUGAUUCAGUUAAAUCUGAAAUAGUUGAAGAAUGCGUUAGACAUUUAGUGGAUGUGGUUUCUGAACAACAAACAUCAGAUUGUAAAAGCGACUAUAACAAUCAUAUUGACACCCACAGACAAUGUGACUCGGAGGAAACGGUUGUAACAAAGGAAGAGUUCAAACCUUCUGUUCAAACUAUACCUACAGGAAUUGCUUUAAACGAAGAGCAUCAAGUGGGUAGUCUUAAAGAAGUUUGUGCAGAGAUCAUUGUUUCUAAAGACACAAAAUCGAAAGGAGUUGAUACCGAUACGAUAUAUUCAAUACAUAAUAAUGUAUCAAAUGAGUCUGGAAAUCAAGAGGAGCUAAUUAUGAGCGAAAAUGCUGCUGCAAAUGAAGACGAUGCAACUAAAAAGCUACGCCCUGUUGCGCCACAAACGUCUAGAUUGAAAAUUGAGACUGAAUCAAAAGAAGAGAUAACAUCGAAAGAUCUUUUGGAUGUCAAAGAAAGUCUUAAACCACUGCCACAAAAGGAGCCAGCUAAGGACAAAGGAGGGAACCCAUCUGAUCGGAAAGCUGUAAAAACAGAUAAAGGGGUACUUGCUAAACAGGAAACGCUAAAUGUAUCUCCGUUCCCGGAUGACGUCACCUUAUUGGUGGGGGACCUCCCUUCUCAAAAUCAGUUCACGGCAGUUGAAGACAUCACAUCGCCUGAUAAAGCAUUUUGGGUAAGGGAGUUGAAGGGGUAG